AUGAUAUCCGAAGCUGAUACCGUCAAGACCCGGCUUCUUGUUAUUUCAGACACUCAUGGACGGCAACUCGAGUAUGAACAAGAGGCGGAUGUGGCUAUCCAUUGCGGUGACUUGACAAACGAGUCUAAACUAGACGAAUACCGGUCCGUGAUCAAGAACCUUAGCAGCAUCAAGGCCCCUCUCAAAUUGAUUGUGCCUGGCAAUCAUGACUUCUCCCUGGACAUACCCCAGUUUCAGAGAAAGAUUGACCAGGUGCGACAACAGUAUGCGGACUCGAAAGGCAAAGAUUUUGCCAGAAAGUAUGGUGCUCCGGGAGACGCUCACCGUCUGUUUGAGGCAGCAAGCGAUGCGGGAAUUGUUUUGCUCGACCAACAAGGACUUCACAUAUUCACUCUCACCAACGGUGCUCGCCUGACUGUAUAUGCUAGCCCGUACACUCCCCACGCUGGUGGGUUUUGGGGCUUCCAAUACCGUUUCGAAGAAGGCCAUGAUUUUGACAUUCCAGAAAGACAAGUCAUUGUGAAGGAGACCCGCAUCCGCUCAAGCACGACCAUGGGAUCCGAAAUCAAGAAAGUCCCCAUCCCCCGCCGAGGGGUCGACUACAGGGGCAAGAUCGUUCUUGCGCCCAUGGUUCGCUCCGGCGAACUUCCAUCUCGCCUCCUGGCUUUGCACUACGGCGCAGACUUGGUCUGGGGUCCCGAAACCGUCGACAAAGCUAUGAUUGGCACUACGCGCCGAGUCAACCCUGUCACCAACACUAUCGACUGGACCAAGAUUCCUUCCUUCGGCCAGAAGAACCCCCCGAAGACGAUUCCUGAAGCCGUAGUCUUCAGCACACACCCGGAGAAAGAGGCUGGAAAGCUGAUCUUUCAGAUCGGAACGGCCGACCCGGACCUGGCGGUUCAGGCAGCGAGACUUGUCGCUGCUGAUGUGUCCGGCAUAGAUGUCAACGCCGGUUGCCCCAAACCCUUCAGUAUCAGUGGAGGAAUGGGCGCGGCGCUGCUGAAAACGCCUGACAAGCUCUGCGCAAUCCUAGAGGCUCUUGUAGCUAACAUCAUGCCCGAGUUCGAAAUCGGCAUUAGCGUCAAAAUCCGUCUCCUCGAUACUCCAGAACAGACCGAGGCUCUUGUGCGAAAGCUUUGCGCCACCGGCAUCACCGGUCUUACGAUUCACUGCCGCACCACUCCUAUGCGGCCUAGAGAACGUGCGAUUCGCGAGCAGCUUCGGAUGGUGGCAGGCGUGUGCCAUGAUGCCGGGGUCGCCUGCAUCAUGAACGGUGAUGUCGAAAGCCGAGACCAUGCGGUGGACCUUAUUAAAGAGUACGGUGUUGAUGGUGCCAUGAUUGCAACCGCCGCUGAGGCAAAUUCGAGCUGUUUCAGAUCGAAAGAAGACGGCGGCGUCGCAGGUUGGGAAGAGGUCGCUGCAGCAUACAUUAAGUAUGCAUUGGAGGUCGACAACAAGUUCGGCAACACUAAAUACUUGCUUUGUCAGAUUGUUCCUGGGAAAAGUGGAAUGUACCAGAAGAUGAAUCAGUGCAAGACCUAUACUCAAGUGUGUCGCGCGCUUGGUCUUGAGGAUCUCAUGGAGCUCGCUCAGCAGACAGACAUAAACAAGGGCAUCGAUCCGGAAAAGACGGGGAAGGCGGGCAAGAUGUCCAACCCGAGCGCCAUGGCGGCUGGAGGCAAGAUGACGGGAAACAGAUCCAGUCAGGCGCCCCGAAAGAAGUCUGAAAGAGGCGUCACUGUUCCUGCUGACAAGCAGCAAGCAUCUGUUCCCCUCCAAACGUAA